AUGGCGACUCCCAAUAAUGUUACUCCCACCAACUGCAGCUGGUGGCCCAUCUCGGCGCUGGAGAACGACGCAGGGAAAUCCACAGAGGGGGAGGAAAACCAGGACCCUACAGACCCCGCUCUUAAAUCCCAGGACAGACUGGUUUUGUACCACUGGACCCAGUCCUUCAGCUCACAAAAGGUACGGCUGGUCAUCGCGGAGAAGGGGCUGCCCUGCGAGGAGCGGGACGUCAGCAUGCCCCUGAUGGAGCACAAGGAGCCCUGGUUCAUGCGGCUCAACCUGGGGGAGGAGGUGCCCGUCAUCAUCCACAGGGACAACAUCAUCAGCGAUUACAACCAGAUCAUUGACUACAUGGAGAAGAACUUCACGGGAGGUAAGAGGGGGCACUGCCCAGCAGGCAGUCCCGCUAACAGCUUUCCCUUUGCCUUCACAGAAAACGUCACCCAGCUGAUCCCCGAGCCGGGCAGCCUGCUGCACUCGCGGGUGCUGCAGUACCGGGAGCUGCUGGACUCGCUCCCCAUGGACGCCUACACACAUGGCUGCAUCCUGCACCCCGAGCUCACCACCGACUCCAUGAUCCCAAAGUACGCGACCGCUGAGAUCCGCAGACAUUUAGCUAACGCCAGCACGGAGCUGAUGAAGCUGGACCACGAAGAGGAGCCACAGCUAUCAGAGCCCUACCUCUCCAAGCAGAAGAAGCUCAUGGCCAAGAUCCUGGAGCACGACAAUGUGAACUACCUGAAGAAGAUCCUUGGUGAACUGGGGAUGGUGCUAGACCAGAUUGAAGCCGAGCUGGAGAAGAGGAAACUGGAGUACCAAGGGCAGAAGUGUGAACUUUGGCUCUGCGGAUGCGUCUUUACUUUGGCUGAUGUCUUAUUAGGAGCCACCCUGCACCGCCUCAAGUUUCUGGGACUCUCUAAGAAAUACUGGGAAGAUGGCAGCAGACCUAACCUACAGUCCUUCUUCGACAGGAUACAAAAACGCUUCGCCUUUAGGAAAGUUUUGGGAGAUAUACAUACCACGCUCCUCUCCGCAGUGGUACCCAAUGCCUUCAGGCUGGUCAAGCGGAAACCUCCCUCCUUCUUCGGAGCCUCCUUCCUGAUGGGAUCUCUGGGGGGAAUGGGAUAUUUUGCUUAUUGGUACUUAAAGAAAAAAUACAUCUAG